UGACAGAGUUUCCAGCGUAAAAAUAAGCCAAAAUUUGUGCUGAACAUGUUUGCUAAACACUGUAAAGAGAAAACAGGAUAGUUUUAGUCAAUGUUGACUUCAUGUUAAAGUGUAUAAUUCGAUAAAUACGCACGCACGUUAAAACUGCGUCACAAAUAAUGUUAUCGAUUAAUUUUUUACGAACCUCGGAGUCAGUAGGCAAACGAUCGUGUAACAUUAACAGAAGAGUGGUUAAUAUAGAAUUAUUAAUGAGGUUCUCAUUUUUUAUCGUGAUUUUUAUUGUAACAACUAAUUUACUGUCGUCGGCUAGUGGGAUCGAGUCAUUGGGAAACCCGUAUAAAAUUUUAGGUGUCCACAAACGUGCAACCUUACAAGAAAUUCGAAAAGCGUAUAAAAAUCUUGUCAAAGAAUGGCAUCCUGAUAAAACUGAUCAUCCUGGUGCAGAAAAUAAAUUUGUAGAAAUUACAAAAGCCUACGAGAUCUUAACUGAUCCAGAAAGAAGAAAGAAAUUUGAUAAUCAUGGCAUUACAGAAGAAAGUAUUCCCAGGCAAAGAAGGGACUAUAGUCAAUUUAAUGUCCUUGAUCCUUUGGAGGAGCUGUUUGGUGGGAAUUUCAAGUUCCAUUACCAAACUAGAGAUAUUUCACUCUUUUAUAAGAUGAGCAUCACAUAUCGAUCAUUUGAAAAUGUAAUAGUACCAAAAACAUUUCGUACACCUUAUAUAAUAUUAUUUUAUUCGGAUUGGUGUUUUGCGUGUUUGCAAGUAGAACCAACAUGGCGUCGCUUGGUUGAUGAGUUAGAGCCAUUGGGUCUUGGUUUAGCAACUGCACAUGCUGAGAAAGAAUCUGCUUUGGCAAGAAGAUUGGGUAUACAUUCGCUGCCAUGCCUGGUUGUUACAAUAGAUGGUCGCACUAGUGUGUACAAAGAAUCUCUUUUCAGCGUGCAAAAGAUUGUUGAUUUCUUACGAAGCAAAUUUCCAUAUAAAUUAAUACCUAACAUAAAUGAAAACAAUGUAGACAAUUUCCUCUCAGGAUGGAUAGAUAAUCGAAUUCGUGCUUUAAUAUUCGAUAGGAAAGAAUCGAUACGAUUACGAUAUCUAUUUAUUGCAUUUUACUACAGAGAUCGCGUCGCAUUUGGUUUUGUUCAGACUGGUAAUCCAGACACAGAACAUAUUAUAACAAAGCACAAGAUUUCUGCAGACUUAGACACUUUGUUAUUAUUUAAUGAAAAUUCUGAAAAACCUAUGGCAUCUGUUAGUAUGAAAGAUAUAUCCAGCGAUACGAUGCACAACGUUAUAUCAAAUAACAAAUUCCUCGCUUUACCAAGACUUUCAAAUCAAGCAAUGCUGGACUCUGUGUGUCCACCUGAAUGGCUAAGACCACAAAAACGAUUGUGUGCAGUUCUGAUAUCACAACAAAAUAAUCCCCUCCAUGAUUUGGCAAGGCAUAAAUUUAGACAGGCAGCCUUAGAGUCAUCUUAUAGCACUGAACGUGUUAGGUAUACGUAUGUAUUCAAAGAUACACAGCCAGAAUUUGUAUCAGCAUUGUCGACAGGAGAAGGUAGUCCCUUAGAACCUCUGUUACAUAUUGUCAUUAUUUGGAGAAGGGAUGCAAAUCAUUUGAAGUAUGAAUGGUUACCCACUGGUUGGAUUGAGGCCGCUCAAGAUGAGAAUCAAUGGAAUGAGACACGUCGACAUUUGGAACAAACUAUACAGAGAUUACUGAGAGCAUCUGAAGCUUUGCCAUAUGCCGCAGUUGUAGGAGAAUUAGCAGAUGAACAUGCACAGGGUACUGUAGACAAACUCAUUGGCAAGGCAUUGCUAGCUGUAGAUUAUAUAUCGGAUAGUCUUACUAAAGAGCAAAUUUUGCCUUUAGUAUCAGUAAUUGCUACUUUAAUGUUAAUCGGUGCUGCAGGAUAUGGAAUGUCGUAUCUAGUGAAAUUAGAAGAAGCGAAUGUUCAAGCUGAACGUGCUCAAUGUAAAGAUACCAGUAAAUCAACACCAUCACAACCGCAAUUACGAUUACAUGAACUACGUGCAGAAAAAUAUAAUGGUUUAGUUCGACUAUUGAAACCAGGCUGUAGAACCAUUAUAUUAUUAGUUGAUGCUCAAAGUAGACUAAAAUUAUUACCAGCUUUUCAUAAAGCUGUGUGGCCUUAUAGGAAAAAUAAGACCCUUAUGUUUGGGCAUAUGUCUCUUGAAAGGGGACUAGAUUGGUAUAAGAAACUAUUAUCUCUCACUUUGCCAGAACAAAAAGAGUUAAAUAUAAAUGCCAAAAAUUGUGUUGGCACUGUUCUAUCUUUAAAUGGGCAUCGUAAAUAUUUUUGUAUGUAUCAUGCCAAGCAUCCAGAAUGUAGUAAAGGCAAAGGUUCUAAGCGAAUGGAACGAAUGACAAAACAAUUAACUCGAAGAGCUGAUGACGCGGAAGCCGGUGCAUUUAUCGGUUUUGACAGUUCUAACGAAUCUGAUCUUUCUGAAGACGAGAGUGGAAACAAUAUUUUGUAUCAAGAUAAUCUUUUGGACGGUCUACCUAUGUGGCUAGACAGAUUAUUUGAAGGUUUAACACAUCGUUAUUAUGUAAACUAUUGGCCCGAGUUCACUGCCAAGUAA